UGGUUGCCAAGAGAUUCAUAUUUUGUUAUUUCCAUUCUGAACCAAGCUCUACGUACGGCAAGAUGUCUUACCCGUUUGCUGUCUUCCCGGACGAGGUCGACUAUUUCGUGGAAAGUCUGAGGAAAUUCCAGGUUACCGAUAUAGGGAGUGAGAGCUGGUUUGAACAGAAUGAAAUCGUUCUGAAGUUAACUCAACAAGCGUUCAUAGAGGCCAGUACCAAGCAGGAAGAGGUUAUUAAGGAAAAACUUCUAGUCGAGGGAAAGCUUCCGCUGCUGGUCCACGAAGCCUACUGUAUCCUAGUUUGGAGGAUGAAAGUUCUGCCCCAACUGUUGGAAUCGUCUAAUUUGCAAGCUUCGUUUGUGCUCUAUAGCGUCCUUUACUAUGAGGUCAAUGCGAUUGCUCUACUGGAAACUCUAUUAUUUCAUCAAACCUGUUGCGAAGCUCUUGGCGACACUGCCUUAGAUCUCAUUGACUAUUGCGCCCAAGCUCUGGGACUUUUAGUAGGAUAUGCUAACAACAAGCACAAUGACGUGGAAGACCCGAAAGAACUUUUACAAGAACAAACCGUAGAUGAAUUCAAACGAAUGAAGACCGAAAUGGACUUCAAGAUCGGAUUGAAGUGUGUUAGCAUUACGAGUCAUUUGAUGAAUAAUCUAAGCGUACUUCCAUUGAGUGCCACGAAUCGCACCAUUAAAACACACGAUGUGCCUUGUUUGAUCGCGGAAAUCUUGCAUUCCAAGCCAUGGCUUCGUAGAACAGCCAAGGGCUUCGAAAAGUUCCUAGAAGGUCACUGGACGCCAGUUUAUGGCGAUGAUAUCCUAAAAGUUACCAAGGAUGAAGUCCAAGCGUGGUUUUGUUUAUACGCACUACUGUUCAAUGAAAAUGCAAUGCGAAACUAUGAAGCAACGGAUUUCAGAAGAAAGGAAAUAGGAAGGUGUGUUGGCUUGUUGAAUGAUCAUAUAUUGGACCAAGUUCCGGUUUUGGCCCAACUGAAGCAAUUUUUGUGCACUUUUCAAAUGGGCAGUGGACAAACUGGAAAGCAACCGGAUAAACUAUUGUUGGAUGAAUUGCCGGAGAUAAAGGAAGCCUUACUAACGGCAGCUAAAAAAGUUGGAUGGAAUGCAAUAAUUCACAAGCACCGGCAAAUUUUUAUCGAACUAUCGCCGGACGAAAUAGGCGUUAUGGCAAAAAGACUUGCUGCUGCUUACAACACUGAUAUGCUGGAAAAGUUCCCCGAAUCAGAUCACAAAUCUACGCAGAAAGGAUGUUUCCAAUGUGGAAAACCGGCAGAGAAAAAGUGCUCAAAAUGCGCCUCAACUUUCUACUGCUCUCGCGAUUGUCAGGUUGCCGACUGGACCAAACACAAGGACAUUUGUCAUCACUUGAAAGCACUUUAACUCACUCAAAAUCGAUGGAAUUACUGAAUUUUCACGUUAUGUAUUGUUUUGUUUAAUAAACAUUUUUUGCGAUCCCUUAUUUUUUUGUUUAGCUCGAUUGCCGCAGCUGCUUGAGAUGCUCUCGGAUAACGUCAUGAGCU